AUGAAUUUGCUACCAAAGUGUCAUGAAGAGUUUAGUAAAGAAGAUUACUGGAAUUCAUUUUUUAAAAAACGUGGAAAAAAAACUUUUGAAUGGUACGGAGAAUAUCCUCAACUAUGUGGACAGUUGUCAAAAUAUGUUAAAAUAAAAGACGAAAUCUUAGUUGUUGGAUGUGGAAAUUCAAAACUAAGUAUGGAUUUAUACGAUGUUGGAUAUAGGAGUAUCAAAAGUAUCGAUAUUUCUAAAGUCGUAAUUGAUCAGAUGAAAGAACAAAAUAAAUUGAAGCGUCCCGAUCUGGUCUUUGAAAGAAUGGAUGCUAUAGAAAUGACUUACUCCAAUGACACAUUCAGUGUCGUAAUCGAUAAAGGAACAUUGGAUGCUUUAAUGUCAAAUAAUGACGAAGAAACUUCCUCUAAAAUUGAUAAGUAUUUUAACGAAAUUUCCCGAGUUCUACGAAGAGGAGGAAGAUACAUAUGCAUUUCAUUGUUACAAGAACAUAUUUUAAGGAAACUAAUUUCUUAUUUCGCAUCUUCGUAUUUUAUGUUUCGUAUCACACGAUGUCAAGAUGCUGAAAUCAAAGCGCAAGAAGAAGAUGGCAGUUCAUUCCCUGUUUUUAUUGUUAUGGCAACCAAAUUUCCAGGACUAUCUCAGCAGAUCUUAGAGUUAGCUUUGACUGGAGAUCACAUAUCUAAAGUUUCAAGUACUGAAGAACUGAUAAAUGCAGUUUUAGCAGUUCAGCAAUCAAAUAUCGUAUGUAACAGACUUCAAAAAAGAAGUAUUGCUGACGUAGGAGAAAUAACGCUUGACUUAUUUGAACCUGAAAAUGAUAAACCAAGGUAUAUUAUUCACGUACUUGAUCGACCCAGAAGUAACGGAAAAUCAUAUGCAGUUUUUUUAGUACCCCAAGGAAGAGAUAGUGACUGGCUUUUUGGUACAAAAGAGGGUAGAAAAGAAUUUGCUGAGCUUAUGGAAAAAGAUCGAAUAGCAAUCGUAAUUCUUGGAAGAAAUCACACUUUCAAAAAUUGGGAUCAAGUAAAAGAAGAAUUAAAUUAUUCAGUAAAAAAUUUAGCUCCACCUGGACUUCCACCAAAUUUUUCAAUCGCUUAUUUAUCGCUCGGACCAGAUGUUGGGAAAUGUGAAACCCUUCAUGAAGAAGAAAGUGAAAUCAACGGGCGUAUUAGUAUUGAAGAUGUAUUUAGUAAUGAUCAGGAUAUAAAGUUCCGAAGGCUUAUAUUUCUUAAGAAUCAAUUUGUCAUACAAAGUGAUGCCAUGGUUAAAUCAAUUAAAACUAGACGGGGGAAGAAAAAAGAUAUAAUUGAACAUGGGUAUUUAGCAUGUGAGCAUCAUGCAUUUAUGUCGAUCGGAGUGCAGGCUAUGAUUGGAAAUAAUAGUAAUAAAAAUAACUCAAAAGAAAUCCUCGUUGUUGGAUUAGGCGGUGGUGGUCUCUGUAUGUUUCUUUAUCGAUGUUUUCCACAGUCUAAAGUAACUGCUAUCGAAAUAGACAAAACAAUAUUGAAAAUAGCCCAAGAAUAUUUUAGUUUUAUUACCGACAAUAGAUCUAAAGUUGAAAUCUGUGAUGGAAUAAAAUAUUUAGAAGAAGCUGCAGAAAGUGGAAAAAAAUUUGAUGCUAUACUAUUUGAUGUAAGCACUAACGAUAAAUUAUUAGGAAUAAGCUGUCCACCUAUAGAAUUUCUGAAACCUUCAGUUCUAUCUUCAGUAUCAAAGUGUCUCAAUAAAAAUGGUUUCUUCAUAUUGAGUUUAGUAUGUCGCGAUAAAAAUUUACGACCAGAAAUUAUGAAUGACUUGAAAAAUGUCUUUUCUUCGAUUACAUCAGUUAAGAUAAAAGAUAUUAUUAACGAAAUUUUAUACUGUACAAUAACGAAGAAAACUCCUGAUGAGUGGAAGAAAAUAUGGAAUGAUUCUAAAGAAAACUUCAAGCAAAGUUUAGAAAAAAAUAAAUUGUCCAUAAAAAAUGAUACCGAAACUUCAGAAUUUCUUCAACAUUUAACAGUCGAAUUAUAA